AUGCUUUUCGAAGAAGAUAUGUAUGGGAAGGCCAUGAUGUGCCAGUGGCGGGUCUACAGUGACAGACCUGUCUGCAAAGACCAACAACAGAAGGAGGGGCAGCAGGCGAGGAGAUGGGACAACAGCAAGCUUAGUUGGUCCAAGAACGGGAGGAGGCAGCAAGGGUAUCGGGGGAAGAGAGGAAGGGUGCAUGGGCAUCAUCAUCCUCACCACUCCAGCCAGUUCUACAAACAGAACCGACCGACUCGUAUGAUGACGUCACUGCGUCCUGUCAACAUCAAAGGCAACAGAGCGCCAGGAAUGAGAGCUCCGAGGAACACCAACCAGUUCCUGAUGCACGAAAAAUACCAGAUGAUGCAUAUGCGUUCGGACUCCAUCGGCACAGACAGUGGGUCUGACUGCGAAACUGAUUUCACGGACAUGGACUCGUAUCUAGGCGUGCUAGAGAACGCAAGGGGCGCCCUCCUCGACAGUCCAGAUCUCACAACAACGCCAGCACGGUUCUUCCCCCGACAACUGGCCAAGUGCCAGCAGUUUCCCUUCUUCAGUUUAGGGAAUUUGUACCAAGAGGAGCAGGAGAGUAACAGUAUGCAGUAUUUCCCGUCAGAAAACGACGUGAUGCAGAGUGAAGAUUUCAUGCAGAAAGACUUCAAUGACUUUUGUGACACAUUCAGUGGGACCGAACCACCCAUAGACAUGUAA